GAAGAAGUUUGCAUAACAAAACUAACUCCAACUGAUAAAAAAAAAACUAUCCACCUCAUGGCUUCAACAUCUUUGCUGCCCAAAACCAUCUCUCCUUUCCUCACUAACCCACCCCCACUUCCCUCGACUCAUUUCACCAGCAAGCCGUCGUUUUUUAACCCAUCAGCAGACCAUCAUCUUCCAUGUACUAGAAAACCAAGCAUUCUGACCCCCUAUGCAAAGAAAAAGAACCCAUGGAUUGAUAUUUUUGAUGAUGGAGAGGACCUUGAUAUGGAAUAUGGCUCAUUGUUUGUAGAUGGAAAGCAAGAUGAAGAUACUAGGCCAGUUGAUAACCCCAACAACCCAUAUGGAUUCCUUAAGUUCCCAAAAGGUUAUAAUGUAGAGGUUGCUCAGUUGGGAUUGAAAAUUAGAGGUGAUGUAAGGAGGUGCUGUUGUAUGAUUUCUGGUGGUGUUUAUGAGAACUUGCUCUUCUUUCCUGUCAUUCAAAUGCUGAAAGACAGGUACCCUGGUAUUCUAGUGGAUGUGUUGGCAUCAGAUAGAGGGAAACAGUGUUAUGAGUUGAAUAAGAAUGUGAGAUGGGCAAAUGUUUAUGAUCCUGAUGGUGAUCCUGAGCCAGCAAUUUAUACCGACAUGAUUGGAGUUCUUAAGAAUAGGUACUAUGACUUGGUCUUAUCAACGAAAUUGGCAGGGCUUGGCCAUGCAUCAUUCAUGUUCAUGUCGUCGGCUCGGGAUAAAGUUAGCUACAUAUACCCCAAUGUGAAUGCAGCAGGAGCAGGGCUACUUCUGACAGAAACAUUCACACCAGAUAGCGCGAAUCUUUCAGAAGGGGGUUACCACAUGUACCAUCAGAUGCUUGAUUGGCUAGGAAGACCAAUUUACAAUGUGCCCCGGCAACCAGUGCCUCCUCUAAGAGUUUCACUUUCAAGGAAGCUGAAACAGUACGUAGAGGCAAAAUAUAGGGCUGCUGGUGCAGAGAAAGGGAAAUAUAUUGUGAUUCAUGGGAUAGAAUCGGAUUCAAAGGCUUCAAUGCAGUCUAGAGGUGAUACUGAUAGCUUGCUACCGCUUGAAGUAUGGGAUCAAAUAGCUGAUGCUAUAAGUGGAUUUAAGCCAGUUUUUGUCAUUCCACAUGAGAAAGAAAGGGAAAAUGUGGAGGAAAUAAUUUAUAAUGAAGAUAUCGGUAUUCUCUUCAUCACUACUCCAGGACAGCUGGCAGCCCUCAUCAAUGAUUCGGCUGGGGUGAUUGCAACAAACACAGCGGCAAUCCAACUUGCAAAUGCACGAGAGAAACCUAGCAUUGCACUGUUUGGUUCUGAAGAGAAGGGUAAAGUAUUUGUUCCCAAUGCAGAGGAGAAGAAAUGCAUUAUUGUCUCAUCUAAAACUGGGAAACUAAAAGACAUAGAUGUAGGAGCUGUGAAACAGGCAAUGCAAAUUUUUGAUAUGUCCCUAGCUCUGGUCUAGAAGGAAAAGAAGGGCUUUAUUUUUGAAGUUAUGAUUCUGUGCUUCUUCCCUCAACUUCCAUUUGUAUUAUGAAUGUCCAGCCACUGGGAAAUCAAAAUUGAUGUUAAAUGCCAA